CAAAUCACAAAAAUGGCUGAGUUUUGUCAGGUAGCCCGAAAACAGGAUUUGCCUCCUCCGGGAGGCUAUCAACCAAUAAGAUAUAAAAGAAAUCCAGCGAAAACAUUAUUUAGUGGUUAUGCUUUGUUUGCUGGGUUUACGGCGGUGACGAUCGGUGGUUUAUACUUGUACUACAUAAACUACAAGAAAAUCUUGAAACAUGAGAUUGAACUGCGUUCGAGUAAAAUGGCAAUAUACCCAAUGCUGCUGGCUGAGAGAGACAGAGAAUACUUGAAGCAGCUGCGCAGGAACCGCGACGCGGAGAGAGAGCUCAUGAAAGAUGUCAAAGGAUGGGAGGUAGGCACUUACUAUGGAGAACGUGUUUACAAGCUCAUCCCCCCUGACCAGCUGGUGGAACCAAUAUUCCAUGAGUACUAUGCUCACUGCGACCCCAAAGCUUGGUUCCAGAGAGCCUACAUCAAGCUGAGGAGUUAAAUACUUAUUUGACAUGCUUGCUGGGGUCACAAUGUGAAUACAAUACAUGGAAGUUAUUUAGUGAAGACUGUUAUGUAACAGUUGCCGCAACUAACAUGAAGUGUGAAUACUUUGUGGUAUUUGAUGUAAAGAAAUCUAUAUUGACUGUCAACUACAUGGCUAUUGAGUGGGUAACUUUGGACAGCCCAAUAUUAACGUGACCCCAGCAUUAUUUGCCAUUUGCAGUUACGCAUUUUCAUAUAAAUUACAACUGCAGGCUAACCAUGUAAGGGGAAGGAUAGCCUGGUGUCAUUGACGUUGUUUUUCCCUUACGCCAGCUAAUUUCAAAAACCAAAUAGGUGUUAUAUAGAAAAAUCGUACAGUGAAAAUUACUGCAAGUGGCAAUUUUUUGCUUCUUUUCAUUCAUUAAGGUAUUUUUGUUCACUGGUGUAGUCUAAUUGAAACUGCUUGUCAAAACUGAGUUGAAAAGAAUUGUUAAUUUAUGUAGUUUUAUUUACUUAUGAAUAAAGAAAUGUAUAGUAA